CCCUCUUUUUGUUUUUGGUUCGGACAAAUCAUUCAACAAUUCAACUCAUACUCUCCUCUCUCCACCUACAAAAGCCCUCUCAGGUUUCUCCUUCGGGUUUUCUAACUUCUAUCGUCUUUCUGUAAAUGCAGUACUAUCGUCAGUGACUCGAUUCUUUGCUCCUUUUUGAUUUUCACACACAUACAUUCGAUGGCUUUCCAGAGCAAGAAACUCAUCAACGACCCCAAUGAUGUUGUGACAGAGUUCAUUGAGGGACUUAUUGAGACCUAUCCCGGGUUGCAAUAUCUGGAUGGUUUUCCUGAGGUUAAGGUUGUCUUGCGUGCUGAUGUUUUUGGGGAAAAAUAUGACAAAGUUGCGGUCAUAUCAGGUGGUGGAAGUGGCCAUGAACCUGCCCAUGCUGGAUUUGUUGGAGAAGGGAUGCUGACUGCAGCUAUCUGUGGGGACGUUUUUACCUCUCCAAAUGUUGACUCAAUCGUUGCUGGCAUACGAGCUGUCACAGGUCCCAUGGGGUGCCUUCUGAUUGUCAAGAACUAUACUGGUGAUCGAUUGAAUUUUGGUUUGGCUGCUGAACAAGCUAAAUCUGAAGGUUACAAAGUAGAGAUGGGGUUCACACUGAUUUCACAUGUGUAUNGUCGAAGAGGUUUGGCAGGGACGAUUCUUGUUCACAAGGUUGCUGGAGCUGCAGCAGCUUGUGGUCUUCCUCUUGCUGACGUUGCAGCUGAAGCAAAACGUGCAUCAGAAAUGGUUGGGACAAUGGGUGUUGCAUUAUCUGUUUGCACAUUGCCAGGACAGGUGACGUCAGACCGUUUAGGCCCAGGAAAGAUGGAGCUUGGUCUUGGAAUACACGGGGAACCAGGAGCUGCUGUAGCUGACCUACAACCAGUAGAUGUGGUGGUUUCACAUGUUUUGAAGGAGAUUUUGUCAUCGGAGACCAACUACGUUCCAAUUACACGUGGGAGUAGAGUUGUGCUCCUCAUUAAUGGAUUAGGAGCAACACCAUUGAUGGAAUUGAUGAUUAUAGCUGGCAAGGCUGUCCCAGGAUUGCAGCUUGAACAUGGUCUAGCUGUUGAUAGAGUCUAUACAGGAUCACUUAUGACUUCACUUGAUAUGGCAGGAUUUUCAAUUUCUGUAAUGAAAGCUGAUCAAGCAAUUUUAGACCGUUUAGAUGCUCCCACUAAAGCUCCAAAUUGGCCUGUUGGUGCUGAUGGUAACCGACCUCCUGCAAAGAUACCUGUUCCGCUUCCUCCACCACAUUCGAUCCAGAGUGACAAGACAUUGAGUCGGCCUGAAAAACUGAGCUCUCUGGGUCAUAUUCUUGAGGCAGCUAUUGAAGCUGCAGCAACUGAAGUUGUAAAUCUCAGGGAUAAUUUGAAUGAGUGGGAUAGCAAAGUUGGUGAUGGUGAUUGUGGUUCAACUAUGUUCAGAGGUGCAGUGACUAUACUUGAAGACAUGAAGAAGUACUAUCCGUUGAAUGACCCUGCAGAAACAGUCAAUGAAAUUGGAUCUUCUAUUAGAAGAGUAAUGGGGGGAACAAGCGGUAUCUUAUAUGAUAUAUUCUGUAAGGCAGCAUAUGCAAAGUUGAAAGCAGAUUCCGAGUUGGUUGUCACAGCUCUGCACUGGGCUGAUGCACUUGAAGCUGCUAUCGCUGCUGUUAGUAAAUAUGGAGGAGCUCGUGCUGGUUAUCGCACACUUUUAGAUGCUCUUAUUCCAGCAUUGUCAGCUCUUAAAGAGAGGUUGAGUGCUGGGGACAACCCUGUGGAUGCUUUCGUUAUUUCUGCUGAGGCAGCAGUCGCUGGAGCCGAGUCAACCAAGAACAUGCAAGCGCAGGCUGGCCGUUCAACCUACAUACCUGGAGAUGUUCUUGCUUCAAUUCCUGACCCUGGUGCCAUGGCUGCAGCUGCGUGGUACAGAGCUGCUGCUUUAGCUAUAAAGGAGAAGUAUAAUACAGCAUAAGCACAUUUAAUUGGCCAUACCUAUUACUUCCUGCAGGAAUUGGUUUUUCUUUUUCUCGAGGAAGAAACUAAUCCAACAAUUUUUUGCUCAUAGACCUUGACGAAUUAGCUUUCCGCUUAUGCAGUGCUGCAUAAAGCCGAGAGAGUGUAGAAAAUGUAUGUUACAGUCCUUUGUAUACAGUGUUCUCAGUGAGGAAUGCCAUAACUCAAAUCGGUGCACGUGGUUGUAAUCUUCAUUUUAACAAUGAACUUUUCAGUUCAGCACCAUGGAUUCCUGCUACCUUGGGAUCUGUAUAUCCCUUUACAACUUAUUUGGAUUGUCCCGUUAUGCUUGUAUGCUACCCUUCCCUUUUGUCUC